AUGAAACUCUACGGUGACCUCUGGUGGCCUUCAGGCGACACAUCACAGCUGGAGGUUACACUGCAGCUUCUGAUGGAUGUAAAUCGUAUCUCCGGUCUCAUCUACGAGGAGACCCGCGGUGUGCUCAAGGUCUUCCUGGAGAACGUCAUCCGUGACGCCGUCACCUACACCGAGCACGCCAAGAGGAAGACGGUGACCGCCAUGGAUGUGGUGUACGCUCUCAAGAGGCAGGGCCGCACCCUGUACGGCUUCGGAGGUUAAACUGUCACUGACCCGCUGAUACUCAACAACACAAAGGCUCUUUUAAGAGCCACACACUCUCACCUGAAGAGACACGUCCUCCUGUGCUUAAUAAUCACUGUGUUGGUUUAAAGUCUCAAUGAUCAUGAACAAUGUGAAGUGAUAACUGACUCUGGGUGGUAAAACAAAAUGUCGGUGUCUUGUAACGUCUCAAUUUCGGGACCACAGAGAACAACGUGCGAUAAUGUGUCCCUUUCCGCCGAAUACAAGAGUAGCUUACGUCUCACUGACUCAGGUGACGUCUUGAGUCAAACUCGUCAGGUUUGUGUUUCCGUGUAAAAGUUAAUUAAGUGAUUUCUAAGUGGAGUUUGGUGACAGAGCAGCUCUUCUGUUUCUUACGUUAACGCAGUGACUGGUUGACAAAGCCCAACAUAACCUUUACAACCGUCCCUUAAAGUACACAGUUGUUUGUAUUUAUACUCGGUGUGUGUCUUUGUCACUACAGUUACACCUCCAAACACAGGUUGGGCUUUCUGUCAAAUGCUGUAAAGUUUAGUUGAUUCAAAACACAUUAAACACAUUAACGUGGCUCAACAGAGACAAUUUCAAACAGAAAUAAGGGAGCAGGAAGUUGUAACUCAUUCUGAUUGUGACCUCAGAAAUCUUAUUCUCUGGGCCCAAAAUUUAAACCUUAUUGGUGACAGAUUGCAACUGAGAUUCAUCAGAAUAUUGAAAUGGAGAAAGUCCACUGACUACAUUAUACUGAAACUGCCACACAGACAGAAAUGUUUAUUAAAGAUACUACUGGCAGGAAAAAGCCAAAACUCGCAAAUGUUUGCAUGUUGAUCCUCCAACAUCAGACCAGCAGCUGCAGAUUAUAAACCAAAUCCAGCUCGAGCUGGAAAAUGUACAAAAUAUAAUGUGAGAAAUGGAUCAUGUAUAAACAGCAGUGAGAGAAGAGUGACAGUGUGUGCUGAGCUGCACGGUCAAAUGAUAUGAACAUGAAGAAAGAAAAGAAAAACUGAUGGACAUGUUUUAUACAGACGUGUUUAUGUGUGUGAGAGGGUUGAAAUAUGUACAAGGGCCCAUUUGCACAUGUGCAGAAAUUAGUGAAAGGAGAAAAGUUGUAAGAAAACAAGUUAAAAACAAGAAAAUGACCUGAACAAGGAACAAUAAAACUAAACUAUAAUAAUAAUAAUAACACAAAAAUAAUUUCCCCCUAUUUUUAAAAUUAUUUUUCCAAAGCUAUUAUUCAUUUUUUUUAAAAUAAAGAAAUACUGAUGGACAUGUUUUAUAAAGACGUGCAUUUUUGUUAGAGGUUCAAAAUAUGUAAAAAGAGAAAAUUAAAAACAAGAAAAAGAGAUUAAAAAUUAUAAUGACAAUAUAAUAAUGUAAGACGAUUCUAAAAUGUAAUAAUGAUAAUAACAAUAAUAAUUACAAAAAUAGCUUUUUACCCAAUUCUUAAAAUAAUUUUCCGAAGCUUUUGUUUAUUUAAAUAGGCCAUUAUUUAUUUUUAUUAUUUAAGUUAAAGUUAGAAAAAGUAAAGCUAAUAUUUGUUUCAAAAAAAAGAGAAGAAAAACUGAUCAGCAUGUACAUUUGUGUUACAGAUUUUAAAUAUGCAAAAAGUGCACAUGUGCAGAAAUUAGUGA